AUGUCUACCCUGCUCCGCCUUCUCACUUUUCUUGUUGCCGCUCUUGCGGUGUCUCCGUUCGUUGGAGCGCAAGAUGUGCCGCUGCUCCUGAUUGGUGCUUUCGAAGGUGCCACGGCAAACGAUGACUCCUUCAACACUGGAGGUUUUGUGGAUGUAUUAGGACAAAGCGUCACUGUGCCCCAGAACCUCCAGGUUGCCUUUCCUGCCACCUUUGUGCCGUGGAAGGACUUCGUUGGGUCGGCCUCAAAGUUCCUUGGCUACGAAAUCUCUGUUGUGGGCAACUACGUCAAUGGAGUGCCCAUUGCAGGCCAGAUCUCCAUCAACCAGUUCUCCCUGGGAGCUGGCGUCGGCUACAUUGAAAAGAUCAACGCGGACGGUACACUGGGCAUGAAGAAUGGAAUCGACAUUCGCAUCAAUGACCCCACGGGCAUGUUUGGUGUCGUCUACGACGCCGAUCCUUUCUUCACAGCAGACCCGGAGAACCCCAGCAUCACGUCCUUUUCUGGCUUUCCCAUGUGCGUUCCGCGCAACGCAAGCGAUCCGCUUUGUCCUGAUUCUCAGCGGCCUGUGCUGUCUGGAGGGACGAAACAAGGCACUUUCUUGGCUGUCGACCCGCUGGUGAUGGCACCCCUGGUUCCCGGCGACUGGAUCGAGUACAGUGGAUUCAAGCGCGGGAACACAUAUUAUGCCUACGAGAUCGUGGCCACCAACGUGCAGAUCACCACCGACCCCAGCCGCGGUGACCCCACCUACAUCCGAGUCGAGGACGCGCUCAUCGGCGUGUUCAACGACGGCGCGGACGUCGAAUCCGCAGAAACCAAGAUGAUCGGGUACACGUCCGCCCAAGCCGCGAGCGUGACCAUGUCUGCCGUCGACAUCGACGUGUGCACUGGCAAAACAACGCUCCGGGAGAUCGGCGCCGCGGCCACGCGGGCGGGCCAGGUGCGCAACAAGUUCGAGUUCCGGGCCAAGUCGACGGCGCCGACAAAGUACACCCAGCAGUACCUCUUCAUGUCGGACAACGGCGUCAAGACCACCAAGAACGGCAUCAAGGCCGGCCAGUACAUGACGCCCGUCACCGAGUGGAUCCAGCCCGAGCUGACGACGCCGGGCCUGCCGCCGCCCCAGCACUACUUCCAGGACAUGGACUACGCCACCAAUGGUCUGGGCUUCGACGGCACCAACAUCUGGGGCCCGCUGACGCCCUUCCCGCAGAGCGGCGUCGCCGUCUUCAACACCAGCUCCUGCCCGCCGCCGUCGACCGACCCGUCGCCGGAGCCCACCGCCACAACCGCGACCGCGACUCCGUCGCCCACCAGCACCGUGGUCGCGGACACGGUCACGUUCCAGUCGCUGACUUGGACCAACAGCCAGGGCGGGACGCUGGCGGCGUCGUGCAGAUCCGUCGCUGGGAGCAAUGGGCAGGUCGCGUCGAGCAUGGUGCUGCAGUACUCGAACCGGGACGGCGCCUUUUCGCAGACCAUGACGAGCGCCGGCAACGGCGACUUUACCUUUAGUGCGAGGAGCACGAAGCAGCCGAGCGGCAACGUCAAGUGCUUGAGCAACUUGGGUGGAAGUGCUGUCAGCGUGGCGCCGUGA